UCAGGGGGAGUGUUGCUCACCGCGCCGCAGUCGUUUUGCGACCAGUGCCGAAUACUUAGUAAAAUGUCUACAAAGGCAGGAAACUUCAAAAAUCCUUUUUCGAGACCAUGGAUGACUGAAACAGGUGCGGCGGCUGCGGCAGGAGGUGCAGGAUCUGUCGGGUUAAAAGGCGUUGUAGCCGGAGGAAUAACUGGUGGCAUUGAAAUUUGUAUUACAUUCCCAACCGAAUAUGUUAAAACUCAACUCCAGUUAGAUGAAAAAGGUGGCACCAAAAAGUACACUGGUAUAUUCGAUUGUGUCAAGAAAACUGUGAAAGGUCAUGGCUUCUUUGGCCUCUAUAGAGGUCUUAGUGUUUUGCUGUAUGGCUCCAUACCAAAAUCUGCAGUCAGAUUCGGUGUAUUCGAACAGGCGAAGCUGUACAUGGUGACUGACAAUGGUACACUCACAAACACAGGAAAGUUGGCCUGCGGGCUGGCAGCGGGUGUUGCUGAAGCGGUGUUCGCUGUCACACCCAUGGAGACCGUUAAAGUCAAAUUUAUCAAUGACAUGCGAAUGGAGAAGCCAAGGUAUAAAGGAUUCUUCCACGGAGUCAAGAUGAUUGUGAGGGAAGAAGGUAUCGGUGGAGUAUACAAAGGUGUUACAGCCACUAUAAUGAAGCAAGGCAGCAAUCAAGCGAUCAGGUUCUUUGUGAUGGAGUCGCUCAGGGACUGGUACAAGGGCGGUGAUAGAGACAAACCGGUGCCCAAAUACAUCGUAGGACUGUUCGGUGGUAUUGCAGGUGCUGCAUCAGUGUUUGGUAACACACCUAUCGACGUAGUUAAAACAAGAAUGCAAGGAUUAGAAGCAGCAAAGUACAGAAGCACAUGGGAUUGCUUCAUAAAGACGUGGAAGCACGAAGGACCAUUGGCCUUCUACAAAGGUACAGUGCCUCGUCUCAGUCGAGUUGUAUUCGAUGUUGCCAUCACCUUUACUAUAUACGAUAGCAUCAUGGAUGUAUUUAAUUAUGUAUGGAAGUGAUGAAGGGUUGGUCUAUUUAUAAACGGGUGAUACAUUCGUAUCUAAGUUUUUGAUGUAUUUUUAUAUUAUUAAUAAUCUGACUGACAGCUGUCAAAAUGUUUGACAUUUUGACAGCUGUCAGUAGGAACUGUCAAAGAUUUUUUUUAUGCUUACAGUGUUAACUAAUUAUGCUAAUAGUGUAACGACCGUUUAAAUGUUAUGAAACUGUAUUUUUGUAGUUUUUGUAUGAAGGUACGCUAAUCCUAACUUUAAGUUUUUACUACUGGAAGACUUGUACAAUGAUAUUGUUAUCUUUUUCUAUUUAAAAGAUGAUGAAAGGGAUGACAAUGUUUUUGUAUUUCAGCAGUGGAAACUGAUAGAUGUACAAAUAUGUGCGAGCUGUGCUAGAAACUUUGUAGGCUUUUGGAUUUAGUAUAAGAAAAUCAGUGUUAUAUCAAAAGUAUAUAUAUUUUUGUAGGACUCAUACUUUCGUAUGUGAACUUUGUCAUAUUUAAAGCAUUGACGAAAUGAGAAUUUUUUUUUGUUGUUUAUAUUUCUGGUAAUUCAUG